AUUUAAGUGAUCCGCUUCCAGUCAUUGUACGAGUGUUUCAGCUUGGGUUGUGCCUAACAUGGAUUCCUACUGCUUCAGACUCAGUGCUGUGCUGUUGCUGGCAGCAACCGGUUUGCUCCAAACAUCAGCUUUUACAGUUAAUCAUGGCGAGCAAGUGACGACUUGUGAUUGGUAUCCGAUGAACAUCCAUCAUCUACACUGUGAUCAUGGCGUGAUCACCGUGCGGCAGGCUUUGUACGGUCGUGCUAACUCUCAUAUCUGCACUGAGGGCAAAUCGCCGCGGGAGCUAGCGAACGUAAAGUGUUCUCGGCCCGGCACAACUGAGCAACUUAAGAAAAGCUGCGAUGGAAAGUCAAUGUGUGAAGUGGCCAUUGAUGACUUCCGCACCCCUGAUCCCUGUGUUGACACCUUCAAAUAUUUGCAGACCAACUUCUCCUGCUUACCUGCAGUUACUUGCGUGGUGUGUGAAGAAUCGGAGGCGCGUUUGUAUUGUGAGCAUGGACAAGUUAUUUUUGUCUUUGGUGCUGACUUCGGGCGCAGAGACCAGACGACGUGCGCCAGACAAAAGCCUCUAAGCGAGAUCCAAAACGUCCAAUGUGUGCACCCAACUGACAUCGUCGCCAAGAGGUGCAAUGGGAAAAAAAGUUGCAGGAUCAUGGCCAGUAGAGACGUGUUUGGAGAACCCUGUGAAGGCACCUACAAGUAUUUGGAAGUUUCUUACACGUGUCACUAUCCUGGGCAAAAUUUCUAAAGUGGUGGCAUUGACAGCUGUUUGAGUCCAUGGUGCAACUGUCCCAAUACUCUUAAGUGAUUGGGUCAGACAUCACUGUUCAUUUUUCUUUUUUCCAAUAAAAAUACUUGAGAC